CUCACUGAACUGCCACUAAUGUCGAACGUGGACAGGAGCCGAUGGGCAGUGCUGUGAGAGCAACAGGAGGAAGAGGAUCGUUCCUGUAGCAUCGUUCUUCUGAACACACAUACACAUGGGGAACAAUAGCAGCUCCACAGUGGAUGAUCUGCAGGCUGUUGAGAUCCACCACUGGUACAAAAAGUUCAUGAUGGAGUGUCCUUCUGGACAGCUGACAGAGCACGAAUUUAAACAGUUCUUUGGGCUUCGAGGGCUGGAUCCAGAGGCCAAUGAGUACAUUGAGCAGAUGUUCCGCACGUUUGAUAUGAACAAGGAUGGGUAUAUUGACUUCAUGGAAUAUGUAGCUGCCCUCAGCCUCGUCCUCCGUGGGAAGAUGGAGCAGAAAUUGCGGUGGUAUUUCAAGCUCUAUGAUGUAGAUGGCAAUGGUUGCAUUGAUCGACAUGAAUUGCUCAACAUCAUUAAGGCUAUUCGAGCUAUUAAUGGUGGUGGCCAUGAAACUAGUGCAGAAGAGUUCACCAACCGAGUCUUCAACAAAAUUGAUGUCAAUGGAGAUGGUGAACUUUCUCUGGAUGAAUUUGUGGAGGGAGCAAGAAAAGAUGAGGAGUUCAUGGAGGUUAUGAUGAAAAGUUUGGACCUGUCACACAUUGUGGCCAUGAUCAACAACCGUCGGCAUAGUGUAUAAGUCAUGCUGGGAGAAAACGCUGUGCUGAAACACAGAAGGGUUUAAACACACCGCAAAGGAGAGACAGCAUUUUUAAAAACAAACAACACUUCAAUAAACACACAUACGGAAAUAGGAACAGAAAGACACUAUUAUAUUUGUGUAUCUGAAUUCCUGUGCAAAUAGUGAAGCUCAGCCACAUACAUGCAGGGUAGGUUCAGAAAAGCUGGGUCUAGGUGGCAAUAUUUCACUUGGCUUCCUAAAAUUUAAAGACCAAGUUUCAGGGCACAAGUUUCCUCCUUAUUCUGUGUCCCAUAUUAUCACUUUGCAAUGGACUAAAAGUAAUGCUAAGUUUGUGAAAAGCACUAGCAGAACAGGAUGUUGGAGUGUGGAGAAUUUCCGACGUGUACAAAAGAGCUUCAAACUGUUACCCAUGUAGACAGCUAUCAAAAGAGUGUAACUUCCACUGUUCUUGUCAUGGUGUUAGGUCAUAAACACCAGCAUAUUUGUACCAGAUGUACUUGGAUUUGGUGUCUCUACAGAAGUAGCUGUAUUCAGAAGAUCUCAAGAGCUGAAAGAAAAAUCAGUCUUUAAGGCUGAUGGUGAUAAAUCUGUUCCCAGCUGCGCUGUCAGUAAUGCUGCUCUUUGCAGCUUUCUGUGAUCGAAGAACUCUUCACCAAGCAAGUCGACAGUUUAGGAGCAGCUUCUGUAACCAGAGAAAAAGUGCUACUCAGUUUCCUGAAGCACAAGAAUCACCCGAGAGAUCAAAUCCUUUUUACACUUGCUGUCCUACCACUCUCCUCUCAAUACAACCGAAUAAAUGAAAUAUGUGAAGAUGAUCCUAAUAUUGUUGCUUCACAUGUCCUUUAUUGGUCUUUCUUUUUAUUCUUGGGGUAAGAACCUAAGAAGCAAAAGAAACAACUCUGCAAGGUGGCUUGUGAGUUCUGCUGUUCAUGUGAACACUGAAGUUGAUACUCUAGAUCAGUGCUGCCACAAAUGACUCUGUGUCUUUGUACACAAUUCGAAGAGUGAUGUAGCAUGCAUGGAAACUGAGCAAACUGUGUCUUGUUCACUAAUGUUAGGUAAGGUAACAAAUGAGAAGCGCCUUUGAAUUUGGAGAGAGAACCAGAAAAUAAAAGAAGAAUGCAGGAAAAGUUCAGCAGAGUGCCUAUGCCAUAGCUGGGCAUGUUUUCCGUGUGCAAGAGGAAGAACUUGCAGACCUGUAACAAGACAACUUUACAGUGGACUUGAUCUUGCUUAUAUUUAAGUUUCUGUGAUGCCCGUAUGUAUACUGAAUGCAGUGUCUGGCCUUUCAUCUCAGUCAGGGGAGAUUUAGUCAGCAUUGUCACUGGAUCUUGAGGGAGUGAGUGAUUGUGUUUAGAGCAGGUGCCAACAUUUUGCCAGGUGGGCUCAUACUCUGGGUCUCACAGGCAUGUACACAUCUGCAGUCUUAGAGCUUGUGAGAGGAAUCACAGCCUGAGGAUUGACAAACAUUGCUCAGUUCUGCACGGGAUUAUUACGAGUGUGUGCUGUUGGGCUGUGCUGUCCCUUUGGACUGAGGAAGGCAGAGGUCUUUUUUUCCAGACUCUAUUGAACCUGCCCUGUACCUGUUACGAGUCCUUGGUCUCUUGUAGUUUCAUGGGUCAGUUACAUGUAAAACUGUAUUUUUAUUAUCAUCUGACAUACAGACCCUCCCUACUUUUAAUUCUUAGGAAUGUAAAGAAUUUGUGUAAGUGCAGCUGAUGCAUUAAAGAAAUCACCAAGAAGUUCUAAGCAGCUAGCAGUGUUGCAGCAAGCUGUCACACACAAUGUACAGAAUCUUCUUGAUGUACAUAAAGGAGAAGGGCAUGUACAUUCUCAAUAAUCCAGAAUAUUUAUAAGUGGAGUUUAAUUUUUAAUUUUUUUAAUAGGUGUUAUAGUAACCUGGUUCUUCCUUAGCUGUCAUUACUGAUGAUGCUGGAACAUUUCCCAGCUAAGAUCCAGUUAUGACAUUUCUUAUAGACAACAAGCCCACAUAAUGUCAUUACACUAAGUUGCAGCUGUGUGUUUUGUUAUUGAUAUUUCUAUUCUGCUACUGAAUGAUUUCAUUGGUUUUUGGCUCUGCAGCCAGUGUGUUCUGCGAGAGACCAAUCCAUCAGUAUAUGUGCCUUUGUUGGUAGGUGUGGGAAGGGAGACUGGGCAGCGGGAGAGGAAAUCAUUGUAAAGGGGAGAUAAUUGUUUUCUGACCUAUUUGACUUUCUUUGUACAGUUAAGAUUAAAAAAAUGUACAAUAAACA